AGGGGUUUAUGCUAGGGCAGGAGCAUCGCGGUAUGGCGUCGAGCUCUUGCGCUCCGGCGAUUGGAUUCGCUGCUCAUCUUCUUACCAAACUCACCAGCCGAGCUAGCGAGCGCAAUCUUCGUUUGAUGAGACUUCCAUCCUCUUCUUCUUGCAUCAAAUUUAAAGUCGAGAAAGAGACUUUGUGUCUCUCCAUUGGACGAAAGCGAGGUUCUGCGGAUUCUUUCGCAUGCCGCAGUACGAUCUCCAGUACAGAGGUUGCAACGAAUGGCGGCCAUGACGUUCUUGUUGCGCUCUCCACCAUCAUCGAUCCCGACUUUGGCGCAGACAUUGUAACCUGUGGAUUUGUGAAAGACUUGCAAGCGGACAAAUCUUCUGGUGAGGUCGCCUUCCGACUUGAGCUCACAACGCCGGCCUGCCCUGUCAAGGACAUGUUUGAGCAGCAAGCGAAAGAGAAGGUCGCCGCUCUCCCGUGGGUCACCAAUGUGAAAGUCACCAUGAGCGCACAACCAGCAAAGGCUCUCGCUGCCGAGGGCCUCCCACGAAGUCUCCAAAACGUCUCCAACAUCAUCGCAGUUUCCAGCUGCAAGGGAGGCGUCGGCAAGUCCACAGUUGCGGUAAAUCUUGCGUACUCCCUGGCGGGAAUGGGAGCCAAAGUUGGAAUUUUCGACGCUGAUGUUUAUGGGCCAAGCUUGCCGACAAUGGUGUCUCCAGAGCUGCGGGUGUUGCAAAUGGUCGAAGACACCAAACAGAUAAUACCGACCGAAUACCUUGGAGUCAAACUAGUAUCAUUCGGUUUCGCUGGACAGGGUACAGCAAUUAUGAGGGGGCCAAUGGUUUCUGGAGUCAUUAACCAGCUCCUCACAACUACCGAUUGGGGAGAGCUGGAUUAUCUGAUAAUUGACAUGCCGCCUGGAACAGGAGACAUUCAGCUUACACUCUGCCAGGUUGUGCCUUUGACAGCAGCUGUUAUAGUUACGACGCCACAGAAGCUUGCAUUCAUUGACGUUGCCAAAGGAGUGCGAAUGUUUUCAAAGCUUAAGGUCCCGUGCUUGGCCGUGGUGGAGAAUAUGUGCUACUUCGAUGCAGAUGGCAAGAGGUACUACCCUUUCGGCAGGGGCUCGGGAAAACAGGUGGUCCAACAAUUUGGCAUCUCCAACUUGUUCGAAUUUCCCAUUAGACCAGAGCUCUCUGCAGCAGGAGAUAGUGGUACUCCGGAAGUCGUCCAUGACCCUCAAGGCGACGUUGCAAGGUCCUUUUCCGAGCUGGGAGUGUGUGUGGUUCAACAGUGUGCCAAAAUACGCCAGCAAGUGUCCACAGCAGUAACUUAUGACGACGCAAUGCGGGCAAUCAAAGUCAAAGUCCCCGGAACAGAAGAACCAUUUUAUUUGCAUCCAGCAACUGUUCGUCGAAAUGAUCGGUCCGCGAAAAGCAUAGACGAAUGGACAGGCGAACAAAAGCUACGCUAUGGAGACGUGCGCGAAGACAUCGAACCCGAGGCCAUUCAGCCUCUGGGAAAUUAUGCCGUGAUGAUAAGCUGGCCCGAUGGAUUCAAUCAGGUAACGAUUUACAUGAAAAAGAAGUUAGCACAAGUGUUAAACAUUGUUACGCAGGUUGCACCAUACGAUCAACUCGAGGCAUUGGAGAGGCUGGUGGAUACUCCUCCCAAAAAAGAGUCUGGAGAAGGAGCUUUGUCUUCCGCGGCAAACGAAACUGCGGCCUCGGCCAUACUCAAGCACGCCAAAGCUCUCAAGGAAGCAGGCGCAGCGAUGUAAGGAGGUAACAGUUUUCGUGUUCUACGACUCGACGCUUUCACGCUUUCGCUUUCUCCCUGAGCAAGCAAAGCUUCGCCAAGAGUCCUGUUAGCUGCAGCAGCGAGCCUACACCCUCUGCGAUCCUCAUAUGCGCAAAGCCUACUUCCUGCAAUACAAGAGAAUUUGAUUAUCGUAAA